GAUCGUCAGCCCUGCUGCAGCGCAUCGCCGGGCUUUCAGCCGCAGAGGAAUGAUAAUUAGGAGGCGACUGACUCGGCUGAAGGAGGAGGAGGAGGAGGAGGAGAGAAGGAGCCUGGCCUGCAGCAGCAGAGGGAAGGAGAAGGAGGUGUGGAACUGAUCUCCAUCUGAUCAACAAGAAGAGAGGAAAACCUUGAAGUGGAGGCAGCUUCUUUUUUUUUUUUCUACCAAAGGAGAUGAUGAUGAUGAUGAUGAUGAUGAUGAUGAUGACAGCAGCGGAGGAGGAGGGGAAGGAGGAAUGAGCUGGGAUCGAUACUCCUCCCUCCAUCACCUCCCCAGGAGCGGCUGAAACCUGAAGAAGCAGAACGGGAAGCGUCAUUGGAAGGAAUGAUCCUGGACGCCUCAUCGUGUCCUUGGAGCUGUGAUUAUAAGUGAGGGUCCAGAGAUCCUGCCCAGUUUCAUGCAGCCUGCAGGAUGGAACAAACGGGGUCGCCAUCCUCCGCCUACAACAGAAGAUGAUUUUUGUCUGACGCUAUCCGUUGGCUUUUUAUGAUUUAAGAGAAGUGUUGGAACAUUACAGCGUUUUCCUGAUCCCAGGAUGACGUCAUGAGGCGCUGCAGGGAAGCCGGGGAUUAGUCGACGUGUUGCAGAGCUGCUCCCUCUGCAGGAUGAACCAGGAGCUGCGGACCCUGAUACAGUUCCUCCACAGAGACGGACAGACAGCCGUCCGAUACUGGAAGCUUCAGUCCUGGAUGGAGAUCAGUGAGAAUCGCUGAGCAGUGGGAACAUCGUGUCUGUGGGAUCUGCUCGCUCUGCUGGGAACGCCAGGGCAGGGAAUGCUGCUUCGCCCUGAUGGACUUCCUGCCCGCAGCACUCAGGGAAGACACUCAUCUUGAUUUUUAAAUCAGAACUUAAAGGGGAAAGGUCCUCUCCCCCCCACUCACCUCCGGUGGGGGGGAGGGUUGGGGAACUUCCUGUCUGAAGGUGUAGGCCUCAGGGCUGCAGGGUGUAGUUUAGUCAGUAGAUUAGACCUUUCUUUCAGCUCAUUUAGCUCCAGCGGGACCUAAGCGGACCAUCAGUGAGCCUCCUUUAAAUCCUGCGCCGGUGCGUUCGGUCUCAGCCCGCCGUCAUGGAUGCCAGCCAGGCUCCGGGUGCAGGCAGUCCGGAGAGCCCGAACCGCGCUGUGGAGUACCUGCUAGAGCUCAACAACAUCAUCGAGAGCCAGCAGAAGCUUCUGGAAACGCAGCGGCGGCGAAUCGAGGAACUGGAGGUUCAACUGGACCGCCUCAGCCAGGAGAAUAAAGACCUGCGUUUGGACCGGCAGCCUGUUGCUCCUCCUCCGCCCGCUCCUCCUCCCGAGCCUCCCCUCCCGCCUCCUCCCCCGCCUCCGCCUCCAGCUCACAGCACGGCAUCCAAGAACCAUCACCACCAUAACAGCCAGGCUCCGCCUCAGCCCCCCGCCUCCAUCACCCUCCACCACAGCCACCAGUCUCACCAUCACCCCCACCAGCAGCACCACCACCACCACCAUCACUCCUACAAUACUUCAGGGGGUCAGGAGGAGCUGCAGGGGGUCAGGAGGAGCUUCAGGGGUCAGGAGGAGCUUCAGGGGGUCAGGAGGAGCUGCAGGGGGUCAGGAGGAGCUUCAGGGGGUCAGGAGGAGCUUCAGGGGGUCAGGAGGAGCUUCAGGGGGUCAGGAGGAGCUUCAGGGGGUCAGGAGGAGCUGCAGGGGGUCAGGAGGAGCAGGCCCUGCAGGAAGGAGAACCUCUAA